AUGGCAAAUUCCGACGAGGCCAACAUCUGCUUGACGAGCACAUCAAUUGUUGAGAUCGAGAACAAGCUGAUCACGUGGGUGGCAGACUUGUUCGGGUACCCCGCAGGGCAUGCCGGGAACAUCUCAUCAGGAGGUUCUCUCGCUACGCUCACAGCGUUAGCUGUCGCACGGGACAGCAGGGAGCUGAAAGCCGCAGACUUUCACAGAUGUGUGAUCUAUUGUAGCGAGUUUACCCAUUACUCGGUACAGAAGGGACUUCGCGCCGUGGGGUUGAGAGAAGCCAUUCUUAGGACAGUUCCAACGGACCAGUCGCUCAAGAUGACAGCAUCGGGUCUUGAAAGGCAGAUCAUAGAAGAUACGAAAACCGGCUUGUUGCCCUUCCUGGUGGCGGCAACUGUGGGCACCACGCUGACCGGAAGUGUGGACCCUGUGAACGACAUCGCUGAUGUGUGUGACCGUCACCAACUCUGGCUCCACGUUGAUGCCGCGUACGGAGGGUUUUUCGCUCUCUGUGACGAAACGAAACAGCUGUUUGUUGGUGUGGAGCGGAGCGAUUCGAUUGUGGUGAAUCCACACAAAGGUGCGUAUUUGUAG